AUGUCUCAACCUCAAGACCUUCUCGACUCAGUGUCAGGUCAGCUUCGCAACCUGCCCCUUUUGGCCACACCCGAGACUUGUUUGGGUCGCUCAUACAUUGUCACUGGAGCCAACUCGGGGCUUGGGUUUGAAGCGGCGAAGCAUCUUGUCUCUCUCGGCGCUGGCAAGGUGAUCCUGGCAGUCCGCAAUCUCAGCGCUGGCGAAAAGGCCAAGGCCAAGAUAGAAGCAAGCACGGGAAAGACUGGUUCUGCGGAAGUCUGGCAGCUUGACCUUUCCAAUUAUGAGUCCGUCAAGUCCUUUGCCAAGCGAGCUACCCUCGAACUUGACUGCAUCGACGCCCUGAUUGAGAACGCUGGUGCUGAGGGUUAUCCUGUCACCAUCACUGUCAAUGUGUACAGCACUUUCAUGCUGGCAAUUCUCCUCUUGCCCAAGAUGAAAGAGGAUGCUCAACGACUCAACAUUGUCCCUCAUAUUUCGAUUGUCUCCAGUUCGGUGGCGUUUUCCGCACAACCUCUUUGGGACCUGGGUAAAGCUGACUCUAACCCGGUGGACAAGAUCGUCCAAGUGGGGCAGCUGGAUAUAACUAAUGGGUAUACUGUAUCGAAACUUCUCGAGGUGCUCGCAGUUCGCCAUCUAGCCCCAUUAAUCCCCGUGUCUACGACUGGAGUGGUUAUUAACUUGGUUUGUCCUGGUCUUUGCAAAACAGACAUUGGUCGCAAUGCGUCUGAUGACAUCAAAGCGGUUGCUGGAACAAUGAUGGACCAAAUUGGCCGCACCUCUGAGGACGGUAGCCGCACACUCCUCUUCGCCGCCACCGCCGGCAAAAAUAGUCAUGGCAAGUUUACUGCUGAUUGCGAGAUUAAAGACGAUUCCGUUAUCCCCGAUUGGAUUAAAGGGAAGGAAGCGAAAGAAGAGCGGAAACGAUUGUGGGACGUUAUUUCUAACGAGAUUGAGUCUGCUGCGCCUGGUAGUACUGCCAAGACUUUUAGUUAA